UGGUCAUAGAGUUUGUAAAAAAUAUUUGAGGAAUGUUUAAUAAUAUAUCUGAAGCCAUUAAAGACCUUCUGCUUUCGUCUUCUUCUACCAACCAUAAAAAAAAAAGUCGUCAAAAUUCCCUUUCGUAGCUUCCUCCAAACUCCAUCGUCCUUCUUCCUCUCUUCGCACGCAAUCCAAUCGCCGGAUUCUGAUUCACCUCUUUCUCCCACCAUCAACCUCCUUAGUUUCGUGUUUCAGUUUGGUGGAAUCACAUCUCCGGCGAUUUGGGUGAUGCGUUCGAGUUUCUAGGCGUAGAAUAUUUUGGAAUUUAGAUAUUUAUCUUAUACUCCGUUGAGGAGGAUAAGUGUUGUGUUUUGUCUUGAGAUGUGUUUCUGAGAUUCUUUUCUUGAGGAGACAUGGAGGGAGGAGAAGAGUCUAGUUCUUGGAUAAGGAGGACCAAGUAUUCUCACACUAUUUGUCAUCGUGUCAUCACCCCUAGAUCACACUCCAUCCCUAUUACAACCAACCCAGACAAGACUUCUGGUUUGAAACGAAUGCCUCUCAGUUCACCCUCUGAUCUCAAGUCAAUAGUUGGACCUUCUCAGGCUAAGCAGCAAGCCACUGAGAUUCAAAGAAACCCUUUCACCAACCGAAAGAGGGCGGUUUCUCCGUCUCCUCAGAUGACUGUCUCUGACUCUUUCAAAGAAGCAAAGUCCGGCGUCAAGAGGUUCUCAACUCCACAUCCCAUAAGAGUAGAACCAGAGAAAGCAACCAAGGGCAACUUGUCCCGCAAAAGUUCCUUUGAGAAACUAUCAAACGCUCUACGGCCUCUGUCUUUCUCAGGUCCUUUGAAGGACAGGCCGAGGAGCAAGAAGGAGAUGCGGUCUUCAAAGUCCUUUGAUCAUGCGGGUAAUGAAGUUACUGCUAUGGGCGUGCUUGAAGAGCACCGUGUUGAUACCUCUAAGCUCACCCGUGGAGACCUGUUUGCGCAUGGGAAAUUUAGCAAACUUUACCAUGGAGUGUACAAAGGCGAAGCUGUAGCUCUCAAGAUUACUCAAGCGCCUGAUAAUAACGAAGACAGGUUCUUGGGAGCUCGUUUGGAGAAACAGUUUACCAAGGAAGCCACUCUUAUGUCUCGUCUAAGCCAUCGUAAUGUUGUCAAGUUUGUGGGAGUGGAUAUUGGAAACUGUAUCAUCACGGAGUACUUAGCUAAUGGGUCUUUGAGAUCAUAUCUACACAAGCUGGAGAAGAAAUCCCUUCCUUUGCCACAGCUAAUCAAGUUUGGUCUAGACAUUGCGAGAGGAAUGGAAUAUAUUCACUCAGUAAAGAUAGUUCAUCGGGAUCUUAAGCCGGAGAACGUGUUGAUUGACAAAGAUUUCAACUUGAAGAUUGCAGACUUUGGCAUAGCGUGCGAGGAGGAGUACUGUGACAUAUUGGGGGCUGAGACAGGAACGUAUAGGUGGAUGGCACCUGAAGUGUUGAGAAGGAAACCACAUGGAGGUAAGUCAGAUGUAUAUAGUUUUGGACUUGUUUUAUGGGAAAUGGCAGCUGGAGCAUUACCAUUUGAGGAGAUGGGUCCUGUCCAAGCUGCUUUCGCAGUCAUGCACAAGAACGUUAGGCCGGUGAUACCAAAGAAAUGUCCAGCGGCCAUGAAAGAGCUAAUUGAGCAGUGCUGGUCGGUGCAAGCAGAAAAGAGACCAGAGUUCUGGCAGAUUGUCAAAGUAUUGGAACACUUUGAAAAGUCUCUGAAAAACGAAGGGAGACUCAUUCUUAUGCCGAACCAGAUCUGUCCACAAACCAAGAAAGGUAAUAAAUACUGGAGUCAGAUAUUCGGGUCAGGCCACAACGAUACUGUAUACUCAGCCACGCCCAAGCCUAGAUUCGCCUGAAACACCUCAUUUUGUGAAUAUAUAUAAAAAAGGGUUUAGCGGUUAUGUUUUUUAUUUGUUCAUCCAUUGUCUCCGUUUUCGUUUGAUUUUGUUAGGACACACCUGUACCAAAAAAAAGCUUCUUGGUUUGGCUUGGUCUUUUUGUGAAGCAGUGUCUACUCUUCUUGAUUUAUUAAGUGUAAGAUUGUUUCAUGGAUUAUCACAUUUAGUUCAUCUUAUCAAAUCCGUUUUCAAGAUUAGCCUUUUCGAGUAAUUAUAAUGAAGAAAAGAUCUUAAAAUGACCAUGCCCACAAUCUGUUCGACGAAAUAACCCUAAAAGUUACUAAGAGACAAACCAAAGCUCAACGAAAAAGAUAGAAACUCAAACACCAGUAGACCCGAAACCACCUUCACCACGAACAGUAGCGUCCAAAUCCUCAACCUCCAUCACUUGCGGCGUCACGAUCUUCUCGAUAAUCAGCUGCGCGAUUCGAUCUCCCACCUUCACCUCGAAAUCAACAUCGGAGUGAUUAAAGAGAAUCACACCAACGGGUCCUCUGUAAUCAGCGUCAAUAACUCCCGCUCCGACAUCAAUCGAGUGUUUCCAGGCAAGACCAGAUCUCGGAGCAACUCUCGCGUAGGUUCCUUCAGGGACGGCGAUACUGAGAUCGGUCGGGAUAAGCGCCUUGCCUCUCGCCGGAACUUUGGAAUCCACGGCGCUGGAGAGAUCGUAGCCUGCAGAGAGAGGAGAGCCUCUUGUAGGCAAAACAGCUUUCUCUGAAAGUUUCUUCACUUUGAAGAAGGGUCUGGAAUCGAGCUUCUGGAGUUUCGCCAAUGGCUCCUUGACAUCGGGACUGUUGCUCUUCGCUUCGACGCAGGCCAUUGUGGGAAAAGGAAGACGAGUUGUUGAAGAUAACCGCCGCGAGUAGAGAAACCCUAAUUUCAACUGAGGCAGACUUGUU